AUGGCAACCCUGCUGGUUAACAUAUUGCAGACAAUCACUCAGAACAUGGCUUUUUCUGUUUCAAAUCUCCCCCCCCCCUUUCUCUCUCUCCACACAGCCACAGCUCAAUGCACCUUAACUCCGGCCCAAUGGAAAGGCUGUUGGAGAAACUGCCUGGUUCUGCUCCUGGCUCUUGUUGAUCUCCUGAUCGGCAUCAUUCUCCUCGUACAGCAUGCCGCCAUCUUCUCUGAGCUCGGGAAGCUGAAUACCAGCUGCCCACAGGAAAGCUGUGAUGUUUCAAUCGUCCCUCUAACAGCUGACAAAUUAAAGACCACUUUUCUGAAAGAACUUAAAGUUUUAGAAGAACGUAUUGACAAGAGGAGCGAAGCAACUGAUAGAAAAGUGGAGGAACAUAUAUCUAAAUUGGAUGGAAAAAUGAGUGCAUUGGAAACUAUAAGAGAAAUCUCCAGGAGGACUGACCCUCUAUCCUGGCAUGCGUUUCUAGGAAGCUGCUACUACUACUCAGCAGACGAAAAACAAUGGGAAGAUGCCAGAAAAUUCUGCAUUACUAUCAGUUCCCACCUGGUCAUUAUUAACAGCAAGCGUGAGCAGGAUUUUGUGGUUACAAAAAUAAAGCUCACCUCGGUCUGGAUUGGCUUAAGUGAUGCAGUGAAAGAGGGAGCGUGGCAGUGGGUUGAUGGAUCAAAACCAACGGAAAGGUUCUGGAGGCCAGGAGAGCCCAACAAUAAAAAUAAUGUGGAAGAUUGUGCUGUCCUUUAUAAGGAGGGUAAUUGGAAUGACAUUGCCUGUAAUUUAAAAGUCCACUUUGUCUGUGAGAAGCCAACAGGUUGCAAUUGCUAA